AUGCCUGAGCACAACUGCUGCAGCAGGGGCGAGAAACUCCCGGCAGGAGGCAGCGGGAAUAUCUCCAAUCACAGCCUGGCGGACCUGGUCUCCUUCCUGCCUUCGGACGGCCCCCAAGCCACCCGGAUCGCUAUCGCGGUUGUCUACUCCGCCGUCUGCACCCUGGGGCUGCUGGGCAACCUGCUGGUGUUCUUCCUCUUGGGCUCCAGGCGCCGCCGGAGGAGGUCCAGCGUGACUUGCUUCGUGCUCAACCUGGCGGUGACCGACUUCCAGUUUGUCCUGACCUUGCCCUUCUGGGCGGUGGACACGGCCCUGGAUUUCAGCUGGCCCUUCGGCAAGGCCAUGUGCAAGCUGAUCUCCUCGGUCUCGGCCCUGAAUAUGUACGCCAGCGUCUUCUUCCUCACCGCCAUGAGCGUGGCCCGCUACUGCUCAGUGGUGUCGUCCCUCAAGGCCGACCAGGGCUCCUCCUCCAGGCGCCUGGCUAAGGUGGCCAGUGCCAUCAUCUGGCUCUUUGCCGCCUUAGCCACCUUGCCACACGCCAUCUUCUCCACCACCCAUAGGGUCUCCGGGGAUGAGCUCUGCCUGGUCAAGUUCCCGGAGCUGGAAAACAUCGACCCCCAGUUCCUGCUGGGCUUGUACCAGACCCAGAAGGUCCUGCUGGGCUUUGUCAUCCCCUUGGCCAUCAUCUCGGCCUGCUACAUCCUCCUCCUCCGGUUCCUGAGCAGGAGGAGGAUGAGCAGCAGCAACCCCAAGACGAGAUCCCGGGUCACCAAGUCGGUCACCAUCGUGGUGCUCUCCUUCUUCAUCUGCUGGCUCCCCAACCAAGCCCUGACGGCCUGGGGCAUCUUCAUCAAAUUCAACCUGGUGCCCUUCACGGAAGCCUUCUACAACACCCAGGCGUACAUCUUCCCCGUCACCGUGUGCCUGGCUCACACCAACAGCUGCCUCAACCCCAUCCUCUACUGCCUGGUGAGAAGGGAGUUCCGAGAGGCGCUGAAGGGACUCUUGCUCAAGGUAACCCCUUCCUUCAGCAAACGUGCCAGCAAAGCCCACCCCAGGCAGGGCUCAGCCCUGCUAGCCCGGCCAGCAGCGAGGGAACUGCCUGAGCCUCUGUGCUGUGGGUGA